UGUACUCGCAUUUCUUACAAAUUAAUCAGUGUUUCACGAUGUAAAAAAACCCAAGACCUUUUUAAUCUCUCCCCAACUGGGAACACACUUAGUCUUGUGGUAACAACGUUAGCAUCUGAACGUGUCUAGAUUUAAAAGGCAACAUUCAUUUUACCAUAAAUGGUGGUACAUUACUAAUUUGAGGACACACGGGCGACAUGAAUUGCGGUUUUGUGCUGAUAAUCAGCGCGAUCAUCUCAACCAUCCAAUGCUUUCCUUCAGCGAAGAAUGGAAUACCUUCAGCAGAUGCGUUCAAGUUCAUGAGAAAGUAUGGAUACAUCGAAGAAACGGACGGAAACUCCGAAGCGUUAUUCACAGAAAGCGGUUUGGAGAACGUGAUUAAGAAUAUCCAGAAGUUUGGGGCUAUUCCACAAACUGGCCAAUUGGAUAACGAUACUUUAAAGUUAAUGGUAUCUCCAAGAUGCGGAGUUGCUGAUGUUAUAAGACACAAAGAUAGGCAGAAAAGGUUCAUUUUGGGACCUGCUGGUUGGACUAAGCGCAACAUCAGUUUCUUUGUUGCGAAUUGGCCUGGUUCAUUGAGUAAAGAGGAAGUGACUAAGUAUAUUUCUUUAGGUUUAGACACUUGGGCAAGGUAUGGUAGAUUGAACUUCCGAGAAGUUUCGAAUCCUGACGCCGAUAUUAUCGUGGCUUUUGGAAGCGGUUAUCAUGGAGAUAGAUUCCCGUUCGAUGGACCUGGAAAUGUUCUGGCCCAUGCGUUCUUUCCCUACGAAUUUGAAUCACUUGGAGGUGACAUCCACUUCGACAAUGAUGAGAAAUGGACAACAAGCACAAACGAAGACGAUGGAAUUAACUUCUUUUCGGUGGCCGUUCACGAACUGGGUCAUUCCUUGGGGUUAUCUCAUUCACCUGUAGCAAGUUCUGUGAUGUUUCCUUAUUACACUGGUAAUUCGAAUAGUGCCAAUCUUGAUUAUGAUGAUAUUCUAGGAAUGUAUGAGUUGUACAUAAAACGUAGAUUGAAAGGCGAUGAUACUAAUGAUAUCGAACCAAAUAAACCAGAAGUAGUUGACGAUGAUUACGAUAAUAAUGGAGGUUACGAACGCGAGGUAACUACAGCACCUCCAAGAUACACAACAAAAAGAUACACAACUAGACCAUCAACCUAUGAUCCUAGACGAACCACUAGAACUUAUUAUACAUCAUCUCCGAGAUACUCACCACCUACAACAUCAAGAUAUUUACCAACAACUACAAGAAGGUAUACACCAAGAACAACAACGAGAAGAUAUACUGCACCUACCGAGUACACAACCAAAAGGUACACUCAAGUCUCCUAUCACGGAGAUUCGGAAUCUGUAGAUGAUCACAAGAGACAUGAUCCCAGACACAACAUACCACCAACGAGUUCUCCAAGUCUUCCGGACAUUUGCGAAGGUCAUUACGAUGCCAUAGCCAAUUUCCGAAAUGAGUUGUUCGCAUUUAAAGGAGAGUACAUCUGGAGGUUACGAAAACCAUAUUUUAUUAUACCAGGGUACCCAAUACCUUUACAUCAGAUGUUUCCUAAGCUUCCUAAAGAUAUCCGAAUGAUAGACGCAGCUUACGAGAGAGCAGACGGGAAAAUCAUUUUAUUCACUGGUAAUCAUUAUUGGGUUUACGAUGGGACAUUUUUCGUGGAAGAUAGUCCAAAGUCUUUGGCGCAUUACGGUUUACCGCAUGAUUUGAAGCGCGUUGAUGCCGUUUUCAAAUGGGCUAAGAAUGAAAAAACUUACUUCUUUAGCAAUGACGUUUUCUGGAGGUACAAUGAGACUAGCAAAACUAUGGAUGAGGGUUAUCCAAAGAACAUGGAAAGGUGGCGCGGAGUGCCGACUCAUUUAGACACGGCUACAACAUUUCAAGGUGUAACAUAUUUCUUUAAGGGUAAGUAUUACUGGAGAUUCGACAACGAUUGGAUCAUUGUUUCUGAAAACUCGCCGAUGCCGUCUCCUCCAACGUGGUUCGCAUGUCCCAAAGAAGUAGACGAGUCUUAGUUUAAGAAAAAAA